AAUGGGAAAUGCAUGUUAAGCGACAUAAAUUACUCUUAACACAGAAAUUAGUGAUGAAUCUACAAGACCUCAAGUAAUAAUGGAAACGACUGAUAGAGUUAUAUUUAAAGAAAUUUACAAAAAAGAAAAAGUUGAACUUCCCGAUAAUUCAUAUUAAUCACCUCUUCUGACACAUCUUCCUUUAAUUAAUCUGGACUUAAUUGAACCAGAUUAAUUUUUUCCUUAAAUAAAAUCAAACAGAAGAACUUUAAGUUUCGUUAAUUAGAAUAGUAGAACACCUUCUCAUAAACUUGAUUCUGAUACAAUAUCAUUAACUAAAUAACCACUCAAGUCUUCAUUAAAAUCAUUCAAUUCUAGAAAAGGUAGCUCUAAUAAAAGUCCAAAGUCAGUUAGAUGGGAUAGUGAUUUAAAUGUUUUCCUCAAUAUAACUUGCUAUCAAAAUUAGUAAAUAUGA